AUGGUAGGCUUGGGUCCGAAGAAGCCGCCACCACGCAGGGGCAGCUUCUCUAGGUUUAGUGUGACCCAACACUACUCCGAUCUUGGGCAGUGCCGGGCGAUCUUCUUGUGGUCGCUUGGCCUCGCUUAUUAUACAGAGAACAACGGACAGCCCGUUCUGGGCCAUUUUGGGCAAUGA